AUGGGUACCCGUCGUGCCCAGAGUUUGUUGUUCCUCCUCCUCCUGGGAGCCCCCUCCUUGGCCUCGGUGCAAAACUUAAAUUGUCACAAGGGCGUGCUCACCAGUAUAGAAGAGGACCCAAGCAGUAUGUUUAACUGGACCACGGAGAAGGUUGAGCGUUGUGAGGGCGGGUCAUUCUGCCAGGAAUCCCUUCUGAUGGUCAAAGCAGGGGCCAAGACCGCAGUUUUGGCCACUAAGGGCUGCAUCCACGAUGGGACGCAGGCGGUGACGUAUGUCCAGCACUCCCCACCCCCAGGCAUAAUCACAGUCUCCUACACCAGCUCUUGUGAGGAUUCCUUUUGCAACGGCAGAACGGACCUCCAGGAGCUCUGGAGGCCGGCAGAGACCCUAGAAGCCUCGAGAGCUCCCAGUACAUCAGUACCCUUCUACUGCCCAACCUGUGUGGCUUUGGGGACCUGUCUGACGGCUCCUUCCCUUCCCUGUCCCAAUGAUACAACUCAGUGCUACCAAGGAAGACUUCAGAUCACUGGAGGAGGCAUCAAUUCUUUUUUGGAGGUGAAAGGUUGUACAUCCAUAACUGGUUGCAGGCUGAUGGCUGGGUUCUUUACCAUAGGACCCAUGUGGGUGAAGGAAGUUUGUCCGUACCAGUCUCUCCCUCAACCCUGA